AGCUGCCUACGCUACGGAACUUAGCAUGUAGCAAGCUAGCUUGUAUGGUAUUUUUUGUUUUGUACUGUUGACACGUUUCGCUAGUGUUUGCCAGACGGACGCUGCGUUGUAGCCGUGUGCGAAAACAAGUGUUGUGGAAUACAUGCUCUUCAGUGUUUUAAGACCUGGAUCUGCAUCUAAACCUUGAGAUUUUUAUGAUGUUCAAAGACUUCAUCGCAUCGCCUGACUCCUCUCGGCUCAUCAACUCACCUAUAAAUGAGUAAACCCAAACUUGAUCCUCCAUCCCCACUUGACGUGAUUCACGAUGAUCAUUUGCGUUGACACAACCCUGCCCUCUGGGACGAGAACCCGCCAUAACCCGGCUCAUCCAAUGAUAUGAUAGUAGCUGCCUGGAUCAGUUACUGUGCCUGCAGGAGCCUCGCACAGGUUCUGCUACUCCUUUCCUCCGCAAACACCUUUUCAUCCCUGUGGGAGACCCUCGCCGGCCGUGGAGCCAUGGGGAACAGCUGCGUGUGCCGGGAUGACAGCGACUUGGAGGACCAUCACGGGGCGUCCAGGGCCUCCAGGGGGUCGAGGGGACAGGCCAGGCGGACAGAUCACGGGACAGGUGCGACCGUCGACGCUGGGGAGUCUCGUGGCGGUCGCCCUAGGGACCCUGUCAGACCCCCGCGCAGGGGACGUGGCCCCCACGAGCCACGGCGGAAGAAGCAGAAUGUGGAUGGCUUGGUGCUGGACACGCUGGCUGUCAUCAGGACUCUUGUGGACAAUGACCAAGAGCCUCCCUAUUCCAUGAUCACAUUGCACGAGAUGGCGGAGACUGAUGAUGGCUGGCUGGAGGUUGUCCAGUCUCUGAUUCGAGUGAUACCAUUGGACGACCCACUUGGGCCUGCAGUCAUCACCCUGCUGUUGGACGAGUGUCCCCUACCCACUAAGGAUGCCCUCCAGAAACUCUCAGACAUGCUGAGUCUGAGUGCGGCUGUGGCUCGACAGGACGCUCUGAGCCCUUCCAAACACAGAAACACCACAGCUGUCUUGGGAUGUCUGGCUGAGAAACUGGCUGGUCCCGCCAGCAUUGGACUGUUGAGCCCUGGAACUCUCGAGUACCUUCUAGAAAGCUUGAGCUCUGAAGCACACCCAACUGUCAUGCUGUUUGCUCUGAUUGCCUUGGAGAAGUUUUCUCAAACCAGUGAGAACAAACUGACAGUGUCCGAGUCAUGUAUAAGCAGCAGACUGGCUGUGUUGGAGUCAUGGUCGGAGCAUCCUGACUACCUGAAGAGGCAGGUCGGAUUCUGCUCACAAUGGAGCUUAGACAAUUUAUUUCUCAAAGAAGGGCGUCAAUUCACCUAUGAGAAGGUCAACCUCACCCAUAUCAACGCCAUGCUCAACAGCAACGACGUCAGCGAGUACCUCAAAAUCUCCCCUAGUGGAUUAGAGGCACGGUGUGAUGCCUCCUCAUUUGAGAGUGUACGUUGUACUUUCUGUGUGGAUUCUGGCAUUUGGUACUAUGAAGUGACGGUCGUUACAUCGGGUGUGAUGCAAAUCGGAUGGGCCACCAAGGACAGCAAGUUCCUCAACCAUGAGGGUUACGGGAUUGGCGAUGACGAAUACUCGUGUGCAUACGAUGGCUGCAGGCAGCUUAUCUGGUACAAUGCUCGCAGUAAACCUCACGCUCACCCCUGCUGGAAGGAAGGAGACGCUAUCGGCUUCCUGUUGGACCUCAGCAAAAAGCAGAUGGUCUUCUAUCUGAACGGACAUCAGUUGCCGCCAGAAAAACAGGUUUUCUCUUCAGCAACGUCUGGCUUCUUUGCGGCGGCCAGUUUUAUGUCAUACCAGCAGUGUGAGUUCAACUUUGGCGCCAAGCCUUUCCGCCACCCGCCCUCAGUCAAGUUCAGCACCUUUAACGACUUUGCGUCACUGCUUCCCAGUGAAAAGAUCAUCCUGCCCAGACAUCGGCGCCUGGCUUUACUGAAACAGGUUAGCAUCCGGGACAACUGCUGCACGCUGUGCUGUGACGUCAUGGCUGACACAGCGCUGCGGCCCUGUGGACACGGGGGUAUGUGUAUGGAGUGUGCCUUACAGUUAGAAACGUGCCCCCUGUGUCGCCAGGACAUCCAGACUCGCGUCAGACUCAUUGCACAUGUCUCCUGACACACUCUAACCUGCUCCUGUAAGGAGAGAUGCACAAGCCCUACAGACACCU